GGGGAAGGAUAGGAAGAGGUCGGUGUGGAAGUCACUCUUCAACACAACGCGGCGCUAUGUUAGAGUGUCUUCACGUCGUACUUCUCUUCUUCGGGUAUGGAGUCCUGGCCACAACUGACCGCCCCAACAUCGUCUUCAUCGUGGCCGACGAUAUGGGACGGCACGACACAGGCUUCAAUGGAGGGGACGUGAGGACCCCAAACAUGGACUCGCUGGCCGCGCAGGGCGUCAUCAUUAGCCGCCACUACACCCUUCCAUCCUGCACACCCUCCCGCGCAGCCCUCAUGACUGGCCGCUACCCCAUCAGGAGUGGAAUGCAAAGCAAACCCUUGCCAGCAGGAGUACCCCUUUCCUUGCCAUUGAGUGAGAAAAUAUUUCCACAGCACUUUCAUCAGUUGGGAUAUAAAGCUCAUUUAGUAGGCAAAUGGCACCUGGGCUACCAGACACCGAGCCACCUCCCGACAAGAAGGGGUUUCGACUCCUUUUUCGGAUACUUGAACGGUUACGUCAGCUACUACGACGCCACUCAUUCACAAUCGGGAGUCAACGGACGCGAUAUGAGAAGGGACGAAGAAGGAGCGUCCCUCGAAGUCUACGGCAAGUACCUGACCAAAGUCCUCUCCGACGAAGCUGUCUCCGUGAUCGAGAAGCAUCCGGGCAGCGGCGGCUUGCUGCUGUUCCUGAUGCACGCGGCGCCGCACACCGGAAACUUGGGUUAUCCUAGGGAGGCUCCCCCGGGGCUAGCAUCCAAUGCCAUUACUUUGAAGGCUGAAGAGCAGUCGAAGAGCAAGGCACCAGGAAAGAGGAGAGACCAAAAGGGCAAAAAAAGUUUUCCAAAGUGCGAUAUUUACACGUUUACAGAAACAGUGAGACACCUUGACAAUUCAGUCGGGGAUGUUGUAGCAGCCCUGAACAAGAAGGGAGUCCUCAACAACACGAUCAUAGUCUUCUUCUCCGACAACGGUGCCCCGACAGUGGACGAGUUGUAUCACUACGAUAAUUAUGGUUCUAACUGGCCACUCAGAGGGGAGAAGAUGUCCAAUCGCGACGGCGGAGUCCGGACGCCAUCCUUCAUCUGGUCCCCGAUGUUGAGGGAGCAGGCGAGGGUCAGUCAGGAGCUCUUCCACAUCACAGACUGGCUUCCAACACUCUACACUGCAGCUGGAGGAAAGCUAUCAGACAUAUCCGGUUCAGAGACUAUAGACGGAGUUGACCAAUGGGGGUUCCUAACAACUUCAGCGGCACCACCGAGGACCGAACUUUUGGUGGAUAUCAACGAUGUCUACGAAUCAGAAAGUUACAUAAUCGACAACUGGAAAUUAAUCAAAGAUCCUCCUCCUAGUCAGAAAACUGUAUUCGCAACUAAGUACUACGGAGACAGCGGAGACGAUUUCACCUACAACGAACUCGAAGUUGACAUGAGACGAGCGGCGAACCAUUUACCGCAACCCAAGGUGAGCUACGCCGAGGUGAGGAAGAGAAGUACCCCGAAGAGGAGGUGCGACACCACCGAAGAAGCUCUGAAGGUGGACUGCCACUCCAAGUACUGCCUCUACGACAUCCUCGAAGACCCGUCCGAGUGUAAGGACCUGGCGAGCAGCCAUCCGGACAUCGUGAAGCUGCUCUCGGGCCGCCUGGAGGACUACAGGAAGGUCAUGGUACCAACCGACAACUGCAGCUACGACCCGCGAGCGGACCCCAAGAACUGGGACGACUAUUGGUCGCCCUGGAUGGAAGACGAACCUGGGUCUGGUGCCAGUGCUUCUUUACUUCUUCCAAAAUUAUUGGCAUUACUGUUGAUUACCAAUAUAUUGAUCUGCGUUUUUAGUUAGGCAACGAGAAAUUAUCAUUAUGUACUAUAUCAUUUAUGAUAAAUCUACGGAAUUAUCUGAAUCGUUUUAAUUUUGAAAGCGGUAACAUCACUAAAAAAAAGUUUUAUAUAUAUUCUUCUAUUGAAAAAUAAGAAUUUAACUGUGAUAAAAAAAAAAUGAUAAAUGUGUGGCCUCCUCAUAUCACAGACGGAUAUCUGUAAUUUUUAAAACGUUGAAAAAAAUCCUGUAACAUAGAUUAAAUUCUAAUAAUUUUGUUUUAUGAUUCAACUUCAACAUUCUUAAAUAUAAUCAUCAGAAACAGUUGGAAUUCAAUCUAUAAAACAAAAAUUUACUAUUUUUUUCACUUUCUGAAAAUUUUAGGGAUCCGUCUUUGAUAUGAAGCCACUCAAAUAAGUGUGAUUAAAAAAAUUGCAUAAAAAGUUAAUCGUUUGAACAUGACGAGAAUCUCUUCAGUAAUUGAAGUUCUUGUAAAUUAAGAUGAUAAUUAAAACAAAUUAAUUAAACAAGGUAACAUAAAAAAUAAAAUACAAGUAAAAUAAUAGGUUGAAAUUGAAUAAAAGUAAAGAACACUUUCAUUAAAAAAUUCAUAUCUAUGUAUAAUAUUUAUCGUAAUUAGUUUUUCAAAAUGUUGAAAUGAUUGUCAUCCACACAUUUGUUAUUCAUAUUUGUUGUUAUAUUAUUGUAAAUGUUUUUACUUAGGACAAAAGGCAGCUUCUCUACCGUAGGCUUUGGCUAACAAUAUAUAAACAUAUGUAAUGUGUAAAAAAUAAACUUUAAUUUGCAGUGAGAAUCAAAACAUUUAAUCAAACAAAUUAUGUAAAUAUAUAAAUAAAAAAACUGUUUUUGUUUCU